AUGCUAAACAGACCUUGCUCUCUCUUCCCUCGCUCCAGCCAAAGUGCAGCGGCUCUGCCGCCGCCGCCUUCCCGCCCCGAUGUCCAGCACGUGCGGUCCCUGGAGCCGCUGAGAGCUGCCCGGCACAGGAUGGAGAGUCGCCGGAGGGACAUGGAGCUGCUCAGCAACAGCAUGGCCGCGUACGCCCACAUCCGAGCCAACCCCGAGAGCUUCGGGCUCUACUUCGUGCUGGGCGUGUGCUUCGGGCUGGUGCUCACGCUGUGCCUGCUGGUGCUGCGCUUGUCCUGCCGGCCCUCCCCGCGGCCCCCGGCGCGCCCCGGCGACCUCAGCGAGGACGAGGAGGAGGACGACGAGGACGAGGACGAAGAGGACACCGUCGACCGCGCAGCGUCUGAAUCGCUGCUGCCGGUGACCGAGAUCCCGCUGGAGAGCCACGGCCCCGGGGACGGGGCGCUGGCCGUGAACGUGUUCGCGUCGGCCGAGGAGCUGGAGCGGGCGCAGCGGCUGGAGGAGCGGGAGCGCAUCAUCCGCGAGAUCUGGCGCAACGGGCAGCCCGACAUCCUGGGAUCCGGCACCAUCGGCACCCUGGGCCGCGUCCACUACUACUGAGCCCGGCGGCUGCCCUGGCACGGCGGCCGCUCCCCCACGGCUGAUCCCACACCGCGCCAGGACGGACCAGGCGGACAGGGGGGCUGCUCGCUGCCCCUGAGCUGGCGGAGCUGCCUUGGACUGUCCCUGCCACCGAGAGCCAGACCCCGGUGUCGCGGGCACCCCCGGGGCUGGACUCGCCCCCGCUUCUGUGGGACACGAUGCACUUUGAGCCAUUGGUACGACGGCUGGCACCAGCCGAGCAUCCCCGGGACACGCGGGGACAGGGACAGGGACAGGGCAGCCCUGCUCAGCCGGGAUCUGGGGGGGUUUCACCCGUGGGGCAGGGCCGGGCUGGGCUGUGCGUCCCUGUGAGCCGUGGGCUCCUGCCCCACAAACAUGGUGCUGUUGUACACGAACCAGAGCCCAGCGUGGCGGCUCCGGCGUUUUGGGGGCCCUGGACACAAGGACGGUCUCGGCCCCUUCCCGAGCCAAGUCCCUUCCCGGCCCCACUAAAAUUAGCCGGGUCUUUUCCGGCGCCGCCCGCCGUGACCCAACGCCCUGCGGCCGGAGCAAGGCGGAUGUUCCCGCUGGACUCCGGGCCGGCCGCUGCUCCCCAGGGAUGCUGAGCCGCAUCCUGCCCCAUCCCAGCCCGGCCCCGCGGGGUGCCGGGCCCCGCUGCCCUCUCCCCGGCAGCUUUAUAAAAAUAGCUCCUUCCCAGGCUGGUUCCCCCCCGUCGCCAGCGCCAGCAGGAUCCAGAUGUUUUCCAGAUGUUCUCCAGUGGCUGGAGGCCAGGAUGUGCUGAGACUGGGACUGGAGCUGGCCUGGGAAACUGUGCGGGGGUGGAGGAGGAGGAGGGGGAGGUGGAAGGGGAUGAGGCCCUGCCCCAACCCUGCCACGGGCCCUGGAGGGACCCCUUGCGCCAUGGUGGGACCCUUUGUGCCUGGCGGGACCAGCCCAGCCCUUCAGGGACAAGGCAGCCAACAUCCCUGAGCAACCCCCACACAGCACUUUGUACCCUAAAUAGUUUAUUUUAAACGAUUUCUAUAGGU